GUGGACCAAUCAGGAGAGCGCAUACUGUUCCGCGCUCCACCCGCGUAGAAGACUUGGAGGCUUCUUGUUUUAGAUAACAUUUAUGACAAAAUGCAUUUUAUCUGUCGACUGUCCGUAUAAUAUUAUUUAAAACAAAUAAUUUUCUUUUUCGUGCUUCUUAGAGUGGACGGAUUUCUGCAAGGAUGGAGACGCUGAUUCCUACCAUCAACCGGCUGCAGGAGGUCUUUCUGACAGUGGGGGCGGAAGUUAUACAGCUACCACAGAUAGCAGUGGUUGGAUCCCAGAGCAGUGGAAAGAGCUCCGUGUUGGAGAGCCUGGUUGGAAGAGACUUUUUGCCUCGAGGGUCAGGGAUAGUCACAAGACGACCUCUGGUGUUGCAACUCAUUAAUGUUCCUCCAAUGACAGAAAGGCUCAAGAUAGAAAAUGGUGUCAAAGCAGAGGAAUGGGGAACCUUUCUUCAUUGUAAGAAUCAGAUUUUCACCGACUUUAAUGAAAUCCGACGUGAAAUUGAAGCAGAGACGGACCGCACUUCAGGAGAGAAUAAGGGCAUUAGCCCAGAACCUAUUUAUUUGAAGAUUUUUUCUCCCAAAGUUCUCAGUCUUACUCUUGUGGACUUACCUGGAAUAACUAAAGUUCCUGUGGGGGAUCAGCCUGAAGACAUUGAGACACAAGUACAUGAAAUGAUCUUGUCAUUCAUCUCCAAUCCAAACUCUCUCAUCCUCACUGUGUCUCCUGCCAACUCGGACUUGGCUACAUCUGAUGCUUUGAAAUUGGCUCGAGAGGUUGAUCCAGAUGGACGCCGAACAUUGCUGGUGGUGAGUAAGCUGGACCUCAUGGAUGCAGGGACUGAUGCUGUUGAGGUUCUUUUGGGUCGAGUUAUUCCAGUACGACUUGGCAUUAUUGGCGUAGUUAAUAGGAGUCAGCAUGACAUUAAUACUCAAAAGAGCUUAGAAGAUUCUAUGAAAGAUGAGCAAGUCUUUCUGCAGCGUCACUAUCCCUCGCUUGCCUCUCGGGCCGGGUCUCGUUAUUUAGCCAAAACUCUGAGUAGACUUCUCAUGCAUCACAUCCGGGACUGUCUGCCUGAACUAAAAACCCGGGUGACUGUGCUCAGUGCUCAGUACCAGGCCCAGCUCAAUGGCUAUGGUCAGCCUGUGGAGGAUCACAGCGCCACCUUGCUUCAGAUUGUCACUAAAUUUGCCAGUGACUACUGCAACACCAUUGAGGGAACAGCGAGACACAUCCAGACAUCAGAACUCUGCGGGGGGGCUCGAAUGUGCUACAUUUUCCAUGAAACUUUUGGCCGCACUUUGCAGUCCAUUGACCCGCUCGGUGGGCUUACUGAGCUGGACAUCCUCACUGCCAUCCGCAAUGCCACAGGUCCUCGGCCAGCCCUUUUUGUACCUGAGGUGUCCUUUGAAUUGCUGGUGAAGCGGCAAAUUAAGCGGUUAGAGGAGCCCAGUUUGCGCUGUGUAGAGCUUGUUCACGAAGAACUCCAGCGAAUCAUACAACACUGCACUUCUUUUAGCACACAGGAACUUCUACGGUUUCCAAAACUGCACGAUUCUAUAGUUGAAGUGGUGACUGGAUUACUUAGAAAACGCCUGCCCAUAACUAAUGAAAUGGUUCACAAUUUGGUAGCUAUUGAGCUUGCUUACAUCAAUACAAAGCAUCCAGACUUUACAGAUGCUGCGCAGGUCUCUGCAUCUGUUAACAGCCAGCAGACAGAGGGUCUGGAUGGAGGAAAGCGGUGGAAAACUGAGAAAGCUGGUGAAGACAAAGCUCCUGCUGGCAGUUUUGGCAGUCCUAUCAAAGGCCAGGCUGUUAACCUUCUUGACACAGCAGUACCCCGAAAGCUGAGUGUGCGGGAGCAGAGAGACUGUGAGGUCAUCCAGCGCCUCAUCAAGUCCUACUUCCUCAUUGUUCGCAAAAGCAUCCAAGACAGUGUGCCCAAGACAGUGAUGCACUUUUUGGUGAACUUCGUGAAAGAGCAUCUGCAGAGUGAGUUGGUGGGUCAGCUCUACAAACAGCCCCUGCUGCAGGAGCUGCUCAUUGAGUCACAGGACACGGCGCAGCAGCGGACCGAGGUCGCUCAGAUGCUCGAGGCUCUGAAAAAGGCUAAUAAUAUAAUCUCAGAGAUCAGAGAGACACACAUGUGGUAGCAAUUCUCUCAAUUCCAUUUUCAAAAGGACUGCUCUGAUAGGAGUCAGAGUUUACAGUGUUUUACUGUAUGUGACAGUAGCACUGUUAUUCCGUGGACCAAUAAUUAUGUGUUUACUUCUUCUGUCAGCGACUGCCCUGGCUGUUUAAUAGCAGCUAUGGACUGUUACACUGUGAUUGUUGAGUAGAGACAGAAAACAAUUUAAACUUAAGCCAAAUGUUAUUACAUUAAAGCCAUGAAGAACGUGUUUUUCACCAUUAUGCAGAUGUAUGCAUGUUACCUGUUUCUGUAGGCCUGUGUAAUUUCUACUAAGGACAAUUUUCACAGCAUAACAAUUAUGUUUUAAAGACACUGGGCUUUGAAUCAGCCUGUGUAGGUGCUAAAAAUAACAUAUGAGAUGGGCUAUGUUUUCACUCCAGUUCGGUUGGUAGGUGCAAGAAAUAAGAAUUCAGCUCAAUCAAUGUAAGCUGCAAUGCAACACUGAAGACAAACUGUUUUUUUGAUUUUUUGGAUACAUCCUGUUCUCCACCUCCCUCGUGCAAAUUAGCAUGAACUUUAUUUUUCAGGGUCACCUAUACAGUACAUCUUGUAUUUAUGCUGUUACUGCAGCACAUGCUCUUCUGUUAAUUGUUCAGGCAUUUUCCAGGAGAAAAAAGCACAGGCAAUUACAAGUACUACCCUAUUUCAAGUUCAGAGGACCACAUUUGAUUAGAUGUAUGAACAGUAUGAAUGCGUUAAUUAAAAUAACCAACUUUUAAUUUAAUUAAGCAAGUGUAGGUUAUGCUCUCUGUUGAUUAGAUGAGAAACAUUUAGUGAGAAAGAACCUGUUGUAGUAAAACUGCAUGCCUCCUGUUGUCAAUUAUUGUAUGUUUAUCAAAUGUUUUGCAAGAUUGUAUGAGAAUUUUAUGCUUAUUAUUCAGAAGUAACGGGUAUCUCUCAUGCAUAUACAGGGAGGCAGUCAUUCUAAGUUUAAGUGUUUAAAUGGACUAUGCAUAUUUAUGGAUAUUUUAUACUCAGUGGUAUGUAUGAUCAUGUAAAAUUUGCCUUUAUGUUCUUGCCUGCCAAUGUUUGUGGUACUGUGAAGUCUGGAGAGAGGGGAUAUGUGAAAUUAAACCUCUCUAAAUAUA